CCUUUAUAAGCUUCUGUUUUUGUGGAAAAGGGCAAACGUGAGAGGGUAUUCUCUUCAUUGACAUGGGGCAACAGGAAUAAUAUUUGAUACUUUUUUUUGUUUUUGUUCGCCCUUUUUGAAGCUUCAUAGUUUUCAUACUUAUUAGAUUUUUCGAAUAACCGAUCGCCCCCGCCGCCAACCUGAAGUUCAUUGUUAUUAUCCUGGCCGCCGGGAUGGUGGCCUUCAUCGGAGCCGUUAUCUGCAUCAUCGCGGCGGUCCACACCGGGUCAUCCAGGGCUGCCGCAGCACAACAACAACCCGCAACCGACAACCACUCGCUGUACCCGGACGUGGUGGCGCAGACCCCCGCUACCGGAGGCUCCGUGGCCAGGGCCGGAUCUCUGGGAGCUCUCCAUGGUUCUGAAACCCCCGAUUCAGCGGCAUCGGCGUUCAACCUCGGGCUCGGCGGGUUGGAUGGAGUCACCGGACUCACCGGGCACGACCCGACGGUCAGCAGACUCAUCUGCACUCCGAUUCCCGCCGGGGAGUGCAACCCGAGAAACUUUAAGCAACAAGCGGACGACCCGUCGCUGUACGCGGGCGAGGACUGGGGUUAUCUCCGCACCACCGCGGAUGAUCUCCGGCAGACCGUGCUGCAGCAAAGAAAACAAAUACUGACCGACCAGCGCACCAUCGGAGAGCUGACGGGGAAACUGUCCGAGUGUGAGAAGGUGCUGGACGGCAGGAAUAGGGGAGCGGACAGACGCGGUGCGGGACUGCGGGCUGCUCAUGGCACCGCGGAGGAGACUCGCCUGGAGCGCGUCAUGGUGCGGGACAGCCCGGCGUCUGCUCCCGACAGCGGCCACCUGCUCACCGCCCGAGCUGUGGAUGAACUGGAGCAGGCGAUCACUCAGCUCAAAGACCGCAUAGAGAAACUGGAGUCAGACAUCGGCCCAUUUCCUCACAACCAGACGGAUGGAAGGGCCCCGGCAGGGCCACUGGAAAGUGGGAUUUCUGGUGUCCCAGAAAGGUUGGCUGACCGCGGCCACAAAGCCGAUACUGACGAUCCCUGGAGAAUGGAAGACUUGGAGGGGGAGCUGGAGAGGAAGGUGGAGCUCCUCGAAAAGGAGAGGAAAGCCCUCAGGCUGGAAACUGAGAAACACAGACAGGAAAUAGACCAUGGUAUCAGUAAACUACACCAUCGCAUCUCAGGACUGGAGGAAGGCAGUCCUGGCCAUUCCUUCCCAGAAGGCUACAGACUGUCCUUCCCAACACGGACGAACUACAUGUACGCCGUGGUGAAACACUCGCUCCCAAAGCUGCGGGCCUUCACCCUCUGCCUGUGGCUGCGGCCCACAGAGGGCGGCAUCGGGACGCCGCUGUCUUACGCCGUUCCCGAACAGCCAAAUGAACUGGUGCUGCUGCAAGGCCUGCACACCCCCACCGAGAUGCUCAUCAAUGACAAGGUGGCACAGUUACCUCUGAACCUGACGAGAGGCAGCUGGCAGCACAUCUGUGUGAGCUGGAGCCAGAAGGGAGGAGCCUGGCAAGCCUAUCAGGGGGGAAAGCUGAGGGGCGAGGGCCACGCACUGGCAGCUGGACACCACAUCAGACCUGGGGGAGAGCUGCUGCUGGGACAGGAGCAGGAUUCCCUGGGUGGAGGCUUUGACUCAUCUCAGGCCUUGGUCGGAGAAUUGUCUCAGGUGGGUCUCUGGGACCGGGUCCUGUCCUCUAGUCAGGUGGCCAGUUUGUCUCGCUGCGGCAGAGUAACCCAGGGCAAUGUGGUCCCCUGGACUGAGAACGGAGUUAAGGUCUAUGGAGCCACCAAGCACCCGGGCGAGCCGUGUAGUAAACACAGCAGGAGCUCUCAGUGACCGACAGUGGGAGGCUUUGAGGAAAGAGUAGGUGAAGAGAGGGGCGGAGAUGAGGGGUACAUUUAAAUUCUGUCUCCCCAUAUUCAUAUAUCCGCUAAAGGAUGUUCACAUUAACUCUAUGUGGCAUGAAAGUAAAUGAAUGGCAUAUGUUUAUAUGAUCGAGCUGAGGCUUUGCACUUAUAUUCUGUCAUGGUGUUUUCAAUGGAGAAUUGUGCAAUAUAACAAAAGGGACUCCUCAUGAAUAUAGCUGUUGUAUAUGUAUGUCACAUUCAAGCUUCAUGUUCUUGAGCGGCUGAAGACGGAUGAAGCAUUGACUUGGUGAAGUGAAAAUGUUGAGGCGUCCACUCAAUUAAAUAUGGAUCUACCAUCAGUUUAACUUUAAAAGAGUAAAAAACGGACGAUAAAACGUGUACAAAGCUACUUUAUUGUAAAAAUGUGUUUGACUUGUUUUAUCAAAUCUGCACUAAAACCAACCAGUAAAUACAGAAGAUCAUCAGUUUGUGCAGUGUGUGCCAAACAAUUUCUUAGCUUGGACAAAUUACCAGACAACCAGCAGAGACAUAAGGAAGUUUCUGGUCCAUGAAUCGCAGGAUUCGUGUUUUCCCACUUGUGUUUUUGUAAAUAUUAACCAAACAAGAUAUAGCAUGUUCAUGUGUGAGCCGUAGAUGUGCUUAUGGAUUGUUUUCAGCCUUUACAACAAGUUUCCCCUCAGCUGGCAGCAGUGGCAUCGUAUAUACUAAUUAAAGGUACUUGAGAAAUGGUCAUUUAACAGUCCAAGCGUUGGCGUUAAUGGCCUUUUCCAGCUGAGAGCUGUCGAAGUCUUCCACAGCUAAGAGAGGUUGCAUUAAGCCAGCAGAAAUCCCCUGGAGUAGAAAGGUCAGACUGGAGUUAAUUCAGGGCUGUGGCAGCUUAAGAGUUUGGGAGUCAAGGUAAGGUGAUGAAAAAUGUUGGAGGAAAAAAAAGAGAGGGAAUAUAAAGUAGGACUAAAGGAGCACUGCAGUGAGGAGUAGAUGAUGAAAGAGGAGGAAAGAGCAGCGACUUGGGAAAAGACGCAUGGAUCAGGUACUCGUUCAGAGUGAGGCUACUUUGUUUUCACCUCUGCAUGAUGUGUUGUUUUAUGCAUAAUAUUUUGCCACUGCAAUGUUUUGCUCCCGAGUGUCACGAAAAGAGGAGAGAGCGCCUGUUGAAUCCAUGCUCGGGUUUGCUGUUUUACUGAUUCCCAAUGAAAGCCUGAGGGUCUCUUAUGUUCUAUAGACAGGUUAUUGGACUCAUUUACAGCAAGGCGACUCAUUCCUAUACAUAUAUAUAUAUAUAUAUAUAUAUAUAUAUAUAUAUAUAUAGUAAACAAGAAAAUUGCAACCCUGUCUCCUUAGUGAAUUUAAAAAAAAAUUUAGAGGUUUGACAAAAACAUUUGAAAACUCUAAUGCAGGAAAUGUAUUAUAUAUUAUGUGCUGCCAAACUGAUGCUAAAUCCAAUCAAAAUCCUCCUGUUGUGCUUCGAUGCCUCUCAGUCUGCAGUGUUAUGGUCAAUAAUAUGCCUGGUGUCUGCUGAGCUCGUACCAGAGCAUUUUUAUGUUUAUGGUUAUUGAAAUGGUAAAAACUAUGCUUUCAACACCAUCUGUCUUUUCUUACAUGAUUAUUCUUUCUUUUUUACUGUAUGCACUGUAUGCUCUGUCUAUUUUCAAUCAUAUUGUUUGUAUACCUAUACUGUAUGUCCCUUUCUUGUAUGGUGUUCUAUUGUUCUGAAUAUGUGUUGUGUAAAAAAAACAAACCCUCACAUCUUUAUUAAAGUCCUAAUUUUUA